AUGCCACCACUCCUUCACCCAAAGUCGCGAAUGACGUCGUCGCUCUUCGCAACGACUGUCGCCGCCUGCUUUAUCGUCGUCACAAUUCCACACAUGCUCCCUUGCCCCGUACCACGGGCCCGAUUCGCUGAUGGAGAUAUUAUGGUUGAUGAGAAUGGCCGACGAAUGAGGUGGAAGCGAAAGGACACCAACCCCAAGGUCGAAGACGGAAUCGUACAAUUCAACGAUGUGUCAAGCGAGGAAGCCGAGAGCGCACAGGAAAGAGCCAAGAGGGAAUGUCCUCUACCGAAACCGGGCGGUAUGCUAGGAGAAUGGUUAGGGUUUCACAAGAACGAUAACGAGACGGGCCGAUGA